AUAGCCAAGACCAAGAUGCAGACCCUCCCAAGUCCUACUACAUAAGUGCCCUAUAAAUACACGAUCACUAAGGCGAACCAUCACCACACACAAAUCAAAUCAAUUCUGAUCCUUUCAUCUCAAAGACAAGAAUCCAUUUCCUUGAAAGGCAGGAAGCCACCAUGAUCAGUUCCAAGAAGCUAGCUCAACUGUCCAAGAAGUGGCAGGGAAUGGGUGCAAUCGGGCGGAAAAGGGUCACAACUGUGGACAAGGAGAUCAACCCAUCUUGCAGCAGCAUAGUUGCAGGGAAGGGCAACUGCAUUGUCUACUCUUCCGACGGGAAGCGGUUUGAGAUCCCCCUCGCUUACCUCCACACAACAGUCUUCUCGGAGCUCCUGAAGCUAUCACAGGAAGAGUUUGGGUUCACAAGUGAUGGAAGGAUCACAAUGCCUUGCGAUACAGCAGUGAUGGAGUAUGUGAUGUGUUUGAUAAGGAGAGAAGCCUCCCAAGAUGUUGAGAAGGCGCUCCUCAGUUCCAUACUGAUGCCUUGCCACCACCUGAGCUGGAUGGUGCAGCCACCCAGCGGAGUGAACCAGCAAUUUGCCAUGUGCAGCUCCUGAAGAUGAAGAUGAUUCCAGGGCUUCAAGCCUGUUUCCUCUCUUUUUUUCCCCUUCCAUCUUUUUUUUUCCCAGCUGUACCUUGGAGCACGGUUUUUGUGCAACGUUUUUCCAAUGGUACACUGCGGAUGUGCAGAUGGAUGCAUGUAUAAAAAAUCACACUGUGAUUAGAAAAAGAAGGAAGGAAGCUCGCCCUUGAAACAACAAAUUGUUUUUUGAUAGAUCGUGUGUAAAUUAUGAUUCAAUGAUGUUGGCAAAGAAAAAUCAGAUUUUGCUAUGAUGUAGCGCUCUAGCGAGUAGCAACUGCCCUUUUUCUUAACACCAUUCCACAUGUAAUACCGUAACGGAGAAACAACACAAGUAAAUCAAAAUAUUGACAUCAG